CGGAGGUGUACAAGUGCCUUAAGUUCUUUUAUGUAGAAAAGCGCGCGAUCUUAUGUACACUUUCACGUUCUCCAAUGUGAAGUGAUCUCGUAUUCUCCAGGUAGGGUUAGAUUUUCACAAGUAAGAUCAGUUCGUGAGCCGGUGCAAUGCGUGCGCCAGUCUCUCGCCGGUCUCUGGUGGAGUAGGUUGUAGAAACAUAUAUUAAUACCGAAAAUAAAAUUCUUGCGAGUUAUUAGAAAUGUGUCUGUUGAUAAAUGAUUUUUAAUUGGUGUGUUGCGGGUAAAAAUGUCUUUCAAAACAUACACCUCAAGUUUGUGUGUCUGGAAAUUGAGUAGAAGUAAGGCGCGUUGAUUCGAGAUUUAAAAAUUUCAUGCAGACGCGACCACGGCGUUUUACACUGUGCGGUUAGUGCUGUGUGUAUACAACCUAUAUCUCUCUUUCCUCAACAAGUGUUAGUUUCCUUUGAUCACCUGUUGCUGCUUAUGCGAUUCUUGUGUUACAUUGGAUUACUUGAAUACAAAUAUCUACGGCAGCAGGAUGUCAUUCUGACACCGUAAGAAUUUUCUUUUGGUGUUACUGGAUCUACAUAAGAUUUGGAAAUUCGUCUGUCCUUUAAGAGGUGCUACGGAAACAGGAGGAAUUUAGCGUGAGUGGUGAGUGGUGAGGGGUUUCCAGAGGACUGGAAGAUUAGGCAUAUCAUUUUCAAAUAUGGUGGAUCGAUCAGCUGGAUCUCUGGAGGAAGAACAAACAUAAUAUAUAGGGCCAGCGCACAUUAGAUUCUUAAACAGGAAUGCAAUCGGAAUCGUUAGAAUAAGUUGGAAAAGGACCAUACACAUAAAAAAAUUUUCGAUUGGUUUAAUCGAAAGUUCGGUUGUUACAAACGAACUGUCUUGUCAAAGUAAGACUGAACGAACUCUCGGUUUCAAGUCACCGAACAAGUUCGGUUGUAUUUAGUUGGGUUACAUCAACCGAAUUAAUGUGAGCACGCUGGGCGUAGCGACAACGACAUGAAGCAUGCAGCAUGCGUGGUAGCGGUGUCACGGCUGCGCGGUCCUGCCUUCAACCCCUGGUGUCCGCCAGCCGCUAUCUCGCCGUACACGCCCUUCCUGGAGAUCCUCUUUAUUUUGUCGUCGAGACAAAAUCACGAGUAAAAGAAGUUUACGCGCAAACAUGUUUGCUUCUUGGCCAGCAGGGCAUGCGAGACUGCGAACUUUUUGGACUAGCAAUUCUUUCUGAUGGCGAAUAUUUGUUUGUUGACCCUGAGAAUAAGUUGAACAAGUACGCUCCAAAAAAUUGGCGUAGCUCGCAUACAUACGGAUUGGACAGCAGUGGAAGACCAGCUUUUGUUCUUUAUUUCCGUGUUCGUUACUACGUUGAUACUCAUUUACUUUUAAGAGAUGAAACAACACGACAUCAUUACUACUUGCAACUCCGAGACAAUGUCGUCAGACAUGGAGGGGGGGUGGAAAGCUUGCACCCUGAUCAUCCCCUCCAUGAAACAUCAGUUUCUGCACCCCUGCUCGCCUUGGCGGGCCUUGCCCUUCAGGCUGACCUUGGUGAUUACUCCGAAGAACGUCACAAACCACAUGCAGGAACUGUGGGCUACUGUAAACCCACUGAUUACUUGCCACCUCACAUGUGCGUCGAAUCGGCCGUUCUCAAUGUGCUCGCGGCACAACAUAAGAAUAAUCGUGGACUGUCAAGGGAAGAAGCAGAAUUGCAAUAUAUCCGAGAGGCGGUGCUCCUGGAGGCGCCGCUUAACGCACACCUCUACCGUCUGCGACGUAGCAAAAGUGAAGCUGGACCUGGACGAAUUCUACUGGCGAUAUGCGCUCGCGGUGUGCGGGUAUACACAGAGGAAGUUACUCCACGAAUUUUCACCUGGAAUAAUAUUGGCAAACUCUGCUUUGAUCGCAAGAAAUUCGAAAUCCGUGCGGUGGAUCAACCCGAUAAACUUACGCUCUUCAGUGGAUGUGAUGACAAAAGCAAGCUUCUCCUCGGCCUGUGCAGAGACACUCACCAGUUUUCGAUGGCCAUAGCACCCAGACUUAACGAAGCGAGGAGAAGGGAGGAAGAAGAAAGAAAAGUUUUAAGAGAUUGUUAUAUGUAUCCUGCGCGUUGUAAAUUGAGCAUGACAACACACAAUGCUCGAGGAGAUCAAAGAAUAUCUGUAAUCUCGAGUACUUCGUCAAACACAACUUCUGGAAUCGUUAGCGAUCGAGUUCACAGCGAAGAUGAACCUGAUACGGCACCUGCGUCUACUGAGUGCCUUCCACACCUCACAGACCCUUUCGAACACAAUGGAAAUUCUAAAAAUAGUAUCGAAGAUAUGAAUUCUAGACCACCAUCACCAGUUUCCGCCAUUGACGAAGUCGACGCAACGAAUACUUCUCCUACUAUGCGGUUAACAUCAAAUGCUGUUGCUACUGAAGGAUCUCAAUGUAGUAGCAGUUGUAGUACUGUCGUUGUAGUGAGUGCUCUGCCAAAUGGUCCGUCUCGAACACGACAAAUAUCGGCCACUUCAAGCUUAGAACUUGGAUACUCUCACACUGCACAAAAUUCAGCUGUUUCUUCAGAAACUACUAAUUUUGCAGGAGUAAUUUACGAUAGAUGUAAAAAAGCUGUUAAAUAUGCAGGAACAGAUAUAGAGAGUGAAACAAGUGGAGUUUAUACCCUAAGAAGUAGUGAAAUGCAAGAUGAGACAAUUGCAGAUCUCUAUUCUGCAAAUGAAGACGCCAACGAGUCAUCGGCAGCUAGUGACAUAUGUGCUUUAAGUUCUGUUCAAUCAACUACGGAUGAAGCGUCCGUUACUUCAGGAUUCUACACCAUCCAUAGUGGUUUAAGAUCAGAAACUAGUGAAAUUUAUACGGAAGAAGUAACUGUAGAAGGUGCAGAACCCAUCUAUAGUGUUUGUAAAGGAGACGAGGAUAUUGACGUUUCAGGUUUAACUAAUUCUCUUAGUGAACAACUUGAAAAUAAUUUAAGAUCUCGCAGUAAUAGUAUUCUUAGCGCUGGAAGCUUUAGAGGAGAUGGGAGUGAUCCACCCGGUGUUGGUCCUUUACUUUCAGCCGAUGAACUCUCCGACUUAAUAGUAGGUCGCUAUCCGCCCAGAAAGACAAUCAGCAACUCGAUGGAUUCUGAUUGCGACUACGUGACAAUGCCACCACCACCACCACCUCCAAGAACCGACAGUGAUAGACAGCUACCUCCCCCACCUCCAUAUCCCGUUACCACCAUAGAUUAUGCCACUAUUUCUUCUCCCAGAACAAAAGUCCCAACACUGGACAGAGAACCUCCACCUCCUCCACCAUAUAAUGCUGUUAGAAGUGAUUUCCUACCUCUUUCUCCAAGGAAAAUUGAUCCUCCAUCACCUCCACCUUAUACUUCUCCUAGAGAAAGAAUUAAAAUUCCUCCUCCUACACCUCCAAGAAAUGACGCUGUAACCCCGAGGGAACCACCACCACCUCCACCUUAUCCGGAAAUUGCUGUGCCAAGGCAAGAUAAUUUGUCGCCUUUGUUUGAUAAUGGAAUUAAUGAUGUUAAUUCAAGCAUGGCAAACUUGACUACCACACUAUCUCAGUCUCUAGUGAAGGACAAAGUCAUAACAAUUGGCGAAACACCGCUGAACGUAGCACCAAAACCUCCUCCUAGAAUCCAACCACCAACUUACCCCGGUGACAAAAUGAAGCCAACUCCUGUUCAUGCACCAGUUGCAGCACUAGUUGUUGGUCCAAAUAAUUAUCUCGACGUUCAUGCUUCACGUGGUGCUCCCGUUUUACUUCCAUAUUUAACACCGCCACCCCCUCCACCGAUGGUUCAUCCAAGACAACCUCCGCCUCCUCCUCCAAGUCUUGCUACCGUUUACACGAGCCAAGUCGCUCGAUCACAAAUCGAGCAGUAUAAACAACAAUUAUACUCGGACGUCGAUUACGUUAUGUUUCCUCUAAAAGAUCCAGCAAUUUCCAAACAAGAAUACAUAGACGCAAAACAAGGAUCGUUAAUGGCAGCAAUGGCUGCUUAUCCACCUCCUCCUUAUCCAUCCAUGAACAAUAAAUCCUCUGUUGUUUAUCGCAGCACUCCUUAUUUGCCUGGAUCAUCCUACUCAUCUUCUUCGAAAUACGCAUCAAAUCAAAAUCUCAGCGACAAUAGUUCAAGUAAUUUCUUAGUCCAUGGAAACUUGAGUAGUCACUACACUGCCAGUACCAGUUCAUUGUACAGUGGUGCAACUUUUUCUUCAGGAGGAAGUCACAGUAUGAGAAGAGAACCUCCUGCACCUGCACAUCCCAACAGCUUGCAAACUUUUUCACGAACAAGGAGCGAUGAAAAUAUUUUAAAGUCGUUUGAUGUACCAUUAAGUAACAGACUCCAGUCUCUUUCACAGACUAAACACCGGAGGCUACCACCACCUCCACCACCGCCACCAUAUGAGAUACAGAAUCUUGAAAAAUGUCAACCGCUCCCGGACACUUCAACAUCGGUUUCCGCAACGCCAAAGAAAGCGUCUCGAAUAAUGACAGGCGAUGAUCGCGAAGAAAAUAAAGACGAUGGAAUGUUAGAUAUACGUACUCUUCGUGAGAAAAGUAGGCAUCUUGAUUUGCCUUUAAUAUCUGCUUUGUGCAAUGACAGGUAUUUACUUAAACAAACAAAAGCCUUCGUCUUGCCUAAGCAUGCCAGUGAAGCAACUUCAUCGACUUCGAUAACGAGAAGUAUUAACGGAGCAUUGCCUAGCAAAAGCAAAUAUUCUACGAGUGGAUCUUCGAGUACACAACUAACAAAACCACCCAGAAAAUUAUCGACGAUUGCACAGAAGCAUCUACAGGUGAAGAGUAACGCUUUUAAGGGAAACACUACAUCUACUGCCUCUGCAGCUAAAAAAGAUUUUACGAGAACUUCCUACUCGUGAUUUAAAAAUGUUUUACUAAACGAAACUCAGCUUUUAAAAAAUACAUUCCGUUAUGAAGUAUUUUGUAUCUAGACGAAUAUUAUUCUUUUCAGUACAGUCAAUAUGUUCAAGAUUAUUUUUAAUAUUAUAUUCUCAAACACAUCAAUUUAAAGUACAACAUGUUGAAAGACGUUUAUCCACAUAAAUGCAGACCUCCAGAAAAAAUAGUUAAUUAACAUUUAAAUAAUUAAAAUAAUAUUAUUAAUUGUAAUAAUAAAUUCAAAAUAAUAUUAUUAUUAAUUGUACUUUCUGAAAGAAGAAAUAUCAAUUUUCAAAAAAAAAAUUAAUUUGUUUAUACAAUUAGCAUAGGAUAUAAAAUUUCUGUCACAUCGCUUCUACAAAAUUUUUUAAAAAAUUUUCGAUUUUAAUGUAAUAUGGUUUAUAUUGUUUAGAAAAUGAUUCUCUACAAAUUCACGGUAGGGAUUUUCAAAAAAGCAAACAGUUUCGAAAAUAUUUGUUCAAAAAAAUCUAAAUUUUUCUUUUAAACAAACAGACAUAUUUUCCAAAUUUGUAAAUCUCCACGGUGAAGUUGUAGAGAAUUAUUUGCUGAACAAAAUAAGCCAUAUUAUAUUGAAAUAGAAUCAUUUUUAAAAAAUUCUGUAGAAGCGAUGUGACGGAAAAUAAAAAUAAAUUUUUUAGGUUUUAAAUUUUGUUCUUAAAAAUUAAUAUUUCUUCUUUCAGAAAGUACAAUUCAUAAUAUUACUUUAUAUAUAAAUGUUAAUUAACCAUUUUUUUCUGGAGGUCUGCAUUUUCGUGGAUAAACGUUCUUGAAUCCUUUAUUUUAUUUAUGAAAACAAUUAAAAUUCAUCGACAAUGAAAAUAGUUCGUUUUUUAUAGAUCGUCGACCGUGUUUCUUCUACUCAGAGUGCCAUUUUGUACUACUGUUUUUUACGUAAAGUAUUAAACUUUUCUGGACGAGUGGAAAAUAGACAUUUUAAGUUGCAAAAGCUGAUAAAAAGUAUUUUGGUUAUUAAAGAAAGUUUAUACCAUAAAAAUCAUAUUGAUCUUCAUUGUAUGAUACUGAAGUUUACUUACCGCAAAAUGUCUAUUUAGCUGUAUUCCGCAUCAUUUAUCAUCGAAUUUUGCUCAAUUUCGUUUCAAAAUGAAUUCAUCGUAAAUAGUAUAAUUUAGAUAAAAGUAAUAUUGUAAAGAUAAAUUAAAAGGGUAUAAAAUAUACCUUUUUAACUUCUUACUUAUUCUAGAAGAAAAUAUAUUCUGUUUCUCUGUUAAAUCUGACACAAGAAUUGUUUUUUGUGUUUAAACUGAAUUUACACGAAACUUUUUAUCGGUUUUAAUUAGAACACGGAGAAGAAUGGAUAUUCAAGUUUGAAAUCUUUAGCGAGUCAAUUAAGGAAGAAUAUCUUAGAUACUCAAAUUUAGUAUCUUAAGAUAUUUAAUCAUUCUAAAUUUGAAUUAAUUAUUAAUAAAUAGUUUCGUAACGAACUAUCUAUAUUUGAGCAUCCAUUUAUCUUUGUAAAGAAAUGAAUCAAAUGUAGUAAAUUAGCUUAUCGUGCAUCGAGUAAAAGGCUUCGAUGAUUCCAAUGACUACUCUGAAAGUAGUGGUUGCUGGAUUAGUUAAAAGGGAUGAAUUUAUACAUUUUCAAAUCAAUGGCACAGCAAUGGAUCGGAACUUAAUUUCAUCAAAGUAUUUUUUUGCACUAACGCGCUAUUGUUUUGAAAAUUUGUGAAUUCCUCGCCCUUCAAUAAACUUUGGAAGUCCUUUUUUUUACACAAUUAUUGACAGAAUUUAAUUUAAAUAAUUUUUUCUUUGCAUUGCGAUGAUUAAUGAACAUCCAAUUUGUAAAAUAUUAGGUGCGAAAUGAUAUAAAUUUGCCUUGUGCAACGAUUGCUUUACCUGCUAUUUGUAAGCUUAGGUGUUGCUUUGAACUUAAAAAGGUUAAUAUUUUUUCAUGUAAAAAAUUUAAAACAUUUUUUGUCAGAAAUGUUUUGAACGUAAUAUAUUUAUUUCAACGACUCUUACUUUUAAUAAGAGAAGAAAAUAUAUUUAAGAAAUUAUAAGUUCACCCGUUUCGUUUCAACUAUUCAUGUUCAUUUUUAUUUAUUGAUUGCAUUUAACUUCUGCUAUAUGAUUGGGGGCCAUUCAUUAAUUACGUAAGGGUUCUUAGGGUGAGGGGGGGUUUAUAAAAUCUCUAUAUGGUCUUAUGUCGGGAGGUGAUGGGGUAGAAGCUAUUCUUACGUAAGAUUUUGCCAAGUAUUUUCCAUUUGUAUUGUUUAUAAUAAUUUUUAAAUUAUAUUAAUAUUGUUAAAAACUUACGUAUAAGGGGAAGAGGGAGGUUCGAAAAAUCUUAUGUAUUCUUACAUGGGGGUAGGGGGGUUCAAAAUUAGACAAAAUCGUCCUUACGUAAUUAAUGAAUGGUCCCUUGCUAGUGCCUUUUGAGACUAAAAAGGGAUUUUUGUAUUCAAAGGAAAAUAUUAAAUUUUUUUGUAUGAAUCCUAGAUAAUUUAUACGCUUAUUACUGCUUACUUUUUUUAAAAAUUUGAAAAAUGUUGAUAGUGUCUUUUGACAUAACGUACUUCUACUAUUACGUCUAUGUGGUUAAAAAAUUGUGUGUAAAUUAUAUUAAAGAAAAGAUAUAAGGGUGAAAGACUAAGGUUUUAAUCUUUCAGUGUGAUAUGUACCUUCUUGUAGAAUCUAACAUUGUAAUAAAUAUCGAUGUUUUACUACAGUUAUGGGUAUUAAAAAGGAAUCAAAAAGAUUGACUCUUUUUAUUAAAAUUUUUAAAUAACACGUGCUUUUAUUGUAGUUUGUAUCCAUACAACGUAUUGAGUAAUGUAGUUUAAUUAAUUUAGUUAGUAUUAAUUUAUAUUAUGUUACUUAUCAAUAGGCAUUAAUAGCAGAUUAUGAUUCAUAUUUGUAAAUAAUAUUUUAUGCGAAGUUACUACCUAGGAUCCUUAGAUCUUGCCGUAGUAAGAAAAUUCAUACAUGUUCCACGCACCACCUCAUGAAUAGUAAUAAACUUCUUUUUUAUAAUUAA